AUGAAAUUUCUAGAGAGACUAGGCGCUAAACCUGAGUUUUUUAUGCUUGAACUUAUCAUUCAAAAAGUUUAUAUUGGCUUGCAAGAUCAUUCAGAACUUGUUAUUGUUAUUAAGCGAAAUUCUGGAGAAAGAGACAAUACCCCAAGAGUCGACUGAGACCCAUCAAAGCAAGAAGGCCUCUUUGAUCAGAUGUUUCAUUUUAAGGUGACUAUGUACAAAAAAAAAGACCAAUAUUUACCGAAAUGAAUCUAUUUCAAUCUUAUGAUGAUAAAGGAUCAAAAGAUCAUAAAAAAUGGGAAAGCUAGACUUGACAUUUCAGUGAUUCUUAAUAGUGAUUUCCAGCUAGAAAGCUAUGAAAUCGAGCUUAAGAAAUGCUCAGAUAAAAAUGCUUGCUUAAUCAUUGAUGCUUCUAUGAGAUCAUGAAGUGAAGAAGAUGAAGGAAAAGGCUCCAUGUCAAAUGACAGUUUAUUUUGAUAGUAUACAUUUCAUCGAAGUACUUUGGUUGAAGAAUUUUAAAUAAUGUACAUUUGGUCGAAAUUUAACGUUUUUUUUCGGUCAAAUGUCUAUUAUCAAAAUUUUCAUCCAAUUUUUGACCAAAUGGACUUCGGUGAAAUGCACACUAUCAAAAGUGAACGAUUAUUGGACCUGAACCGAAGGAAAAUCAUCUUCGACCUUAGCACGAGAAUAUGAUGAGGCAAAAAUGAAAAAAUUAAGAGAAAAUUUAAUUUAUUCAUACUACCAAGAGUCCAAAAAAUCAGUCGAUGAAGAACUUUCUUCAGAAUCAAAUGAAUCGAACAAAUUGCCAUCUUAUAACAGACGUGGAACUGCGAUGGAAAGCGUUGAAGAAGAGCCGGAAUCAGAAAACAAUAAAAUUCACCCCAUUACAAUAGACACAGUGCCUCCGCUGCAAGCACCAAAGCCAGAGAGUAAUGAGACGUCAAUGGAUUUCGAUAUACUUGUAAAGGAAUAUGGAAAGCCAAUAGACAGCUAUUUUUCAAGUGAAUUGACUAGGAUAAAAAAGGAAGUGACACCAUCUUUUGAUUUCACAGGGCAGAUGGAUUGUGUUCCAAUAUAUGAUACAAGUGAGGACGAUUUACAACAUAGCAAAGGCAGCUCGAAAGACAAAAAUAAGUACCUAGAUAGAAGGGCUGAAAAUUAUUCGGUUUUCCAUAUAUAA